AUGGAGCCGGAUGGGAGCAUCGAGUCGGCGUCGGUGAUCCGCGUGGUGGUGCUGCAGGUCGGCGAGAUUACCGCGUCCGCCUUCCGCACCUACUCCAGCCUCAUCAUGAAACACAGAGUGAUGCCGCUGCAGGGCGUGUUCGGGUACUACAAGGAGCACCAGAAGAGCCCCUUCUCGCACCAGCCAUGGACAACGGGGUCGCUGCGUUUCAACUUCAUUCUGGGCGGCAGCAGCCGCAGCCCCUGGCAGGAGUUCGUGGCACAGCGCAAGAUCCACGGGGUGAUAGGCGUGUGUCACUGCCCGCGCAUGCCAGACACAGCAGCGGCGUACGAGGAGUUUGUGCUGGCGUGCAAGGCGUACCCCCUCGCGCAGGUCAAGCGCUGCAUCGCCUUCGACCCCAACACCGAGCAGCUGGCAGAGGAGGAUCCGCAGCGGCGCAACCUGGUGAUUCUGUCGGGCGCGGAUCAGCAGCGGCUGGAGGCGCUGCUGGUGUCGGUGAUGCACGACUUUGCCGCGUGUGUGCUCAUGGCGCUCGAGAGCUGGGUGCUGCAUGUUGAUCCGAUUGCGGCUAUCUUCUUGUCACCCCUUGACAACCCCAAUGUCACACCCAAUGAGGAUGCGGCGCGGCUGAAGAAGAAGCGCCUGGCGCGCAUACAGAAGGCCAUCGGCGACUACUGCCUGCUGGCGGGGUCGCCUCUUGACGCGCGCAGCCACUACGGCACGGCCAUCGAGCUCGGGCGCCUCACCAACAGCACAGACCCGCUCUGGCUCGCCGGUGCCCUGGAGGGGCAUGUUAGCACUCUGGCGGUGGAGAAGGGGCGGUGGGACGAGGAGUUGGAGGAGGAGAUCCGUACCAAGUACAGCGAGAUCGUGCCGCUCUACCGCAAGGCCGGUGCGAUGAUAUUUGAGCUGGAAGCCCUCAUAAAGGUUGCCAGAUUCAUCUGCCGCAAGGAGAUGGCGCGGGACGUGGUGGACUUGCUGGCACAGGCGGUGGAGACGGGGCGAGGGCUGCAGAACCCCAGUGACCUCCUCGUGCUCUACAUUGAGGUGGCGCGCAUAUUCCAGCAGCUGGGCUACGAGCGCAAGGCGGCCUUCUUCACGCGCCAGGUGGCCAAGCUGUACGAGCAGCAGGAGUCCCGCUUCGCUGCCGUCAGCGCUCUGCAGCUAAGUGCUGUGCCCACUUCAAUUCGCUCUCUUCAUCCGUCCCCGUGUGGCCGCUGUGGCUACAAGCUGGACCAAGGCGCGCCCGUGGACCAAGGCGCGCCCCCGGACCAAGGCGCGCCCGUGGACCAAGGCGCGCCCGUGGACCAAGGCGCGCCCGUGGACCAAGGCGCGCCCCCGGACCAAGGCGCGCCCCCGGACCAAGGCGCGCCCCCGGACCAAGGCGCGCCCCCGGACCAAGGCGCGCCCCCGGACCAAGGCGCGCCCCCGGACCAAGGCGCGCCCCCGGACCAAGGCGCGCCCCCGGACCAAGGCGCGCCCCCGGACCAAGGCGCGCCCCCGGACCAAGGCGCGCCCCCGGACCAAGGCGCGCCCCCGGACCAAGGCGCGCCCCCGGACCAAGGCGCGCCCCCGGACCAAGGCGCGCCCCCGGACCAAGGCGCGCCCCCGGACCAAGGCGCGCCCCCGGACCAAGGCGCGCCCCCGGACCAAGGCGCGCCCCCGGACCAAGGCGCGCCCCCGGACCAAGGCGCGCCCCCGGACCAAGGCGCGCCCCCGGACCAAGGCGCGCCCCCGGACCAAGGCGCGCCCCCGGACCAAGGCGCGCCCGGCCUCGUGUGGCUGCUGGGUCAACCCUUAGGCUUCAAGCUGCAGUCGCUUGGGUGA